AUGUUAUUUAUUGUAAAUUUUGGGAAUUAGAUGGAGAUCAUGAUUUCCAUUUAAGCAAAGAAGAUUUCUCUCGUUACUCUACUCAUGGGUUAAGUAGAAAAGUUAUUGAUAGAAUAUUGGAUUAAAUACCUUGUAGAUUUAAAAGUUAAAUAGAUUAGAAAAUGUCUUAUGAAGAUUUUAUUUAUUUUAUUUUGUGUGAAGAAGAUAAAACAACAAUAAAAUCAAUUGAAUAUUGGUUUAAAAUAAUUGAUUUUGAUAAUAAUGAAAUUAUUACUGGUUUUGAAAUGGAUUACUUUUAUGAAGAAUUAAAAUAAAGAAUGGAUCAUUUAAAUCAUGAACCUAUUUUAUUUUAGGACUUUGUUUGUUAGAUGGUUGAUCUUUUACAUCCUGAGAAUGAUAUUCUGUUUAAAUUUAAUCAUUUUUUAAAUAGAAUCUAAAUGUUUGUGGUGUUUUCUUUAACUUUUUAACUAAUUUGAAUAAACUUAUCGCUUAUGAAAAUAGAAGAGAUCCUUUUUAAGUAAGAAAUAAUAUACUAGAUCAUCCAUGCUUUACUGAUUGGGAUAGAUUCGCAUUUCAAGAGUAUGUCAGGUUAGCAAUGGAAGAAGAAAAUUAAGAAUAAGGGGAAGUAUUUGAAGGAGAUAAUAUUUGGGAUAAUGAGAAUUCAUAAUAAUUAUGA